CGCAGAUCGAUUUAUGUGUAAUUGUGCCUGUUAAGGGGUCGACGCGUGAAAAUGGAUGUUGAGAGCCAAAAGAUACAAGAGGCGUAAGAUAAUGAAUGCAUCGGUCGCGACCUAAUCGGCAAUUGGUUUCCCAACUGCAAGAUGACGACGCUGAGUUUGAAGCACCAGAAGCGCCCUCCUCUCCCCAAGCCUCUGGACUUGGCUCUGACAUCUACCGAGUACAGAGUGUUUUAUCCCGCUGUCUACCUUUUCGGGAUUCGGGCAUAUCCAUCUUGAUUUCGAUGAAGGGCAUGGAGAAAACCCAACCAUCGAUCACAGUCCUGGAAACCCUCCAGUCAGCUUGGCACGCUAAACGACGACAAGGCUCGGAUCAGAGGCUACGCGCAACGGAGUUUCCAAGGUUUCAGGCGACGACAUUCGAGGUUCCAUGUCAAGGAUCAUUUGCUUUGAUCCAUUGAAGAGAGUCGAAAUGGGCUUGUCCCUCUACACCUCUGCCUGCAAUCGACCGUUUGAGCACCAGCUGAACUGGGGGAAAAACAAACCCGAAGACCCCCAGACAACAAAAGUACCUUCUUUCUUGCUUGCUCUUGGUAUCGAAAUCUUCCUCAUGUGACUCGGGUGCUUUGGGCGAGGAGAAAGGAUAGAGGGAUGAAGGAGGACGUCCGUUUGAAACUCACAAAAAGGAUCUGAGGCAGCAGGCCGCCUUCUUCACUUCCCAUGCUCCUGUGGCAAUCAUGCAAAGACAGUUGUGACAGCAACUCAACGCGGGAGGAGAGUGAAUUCUGUGAAUUCUGAGCUAUGUCGCUUUUGUUCCGUCCACCAGGCUGA